AAAUCCCUCCUCUUCCUCUACCCACCAUCGCACUUCCUCGCCUUCGCGCUAUCCUUCAUACAAUGGCUGCACCCACUGGCGAUAUCGGUCUCAUCGGCUUGGCCGUCAUGGGUCAAAAUUUGAUCCUCAACAUGAACGACAAGGGGUUCACCGUUGUUGCGUACAACCGUACAACGAGCAAAGUCGACGCCUUCCUUCAAAAUGAAGCCAAGGGCACAAAGAUCCAAGGCGCACACUCCAUCCAGGAGCUUGUGUCCAAGUUGAAGCGCCCUCGCAAGAUCAUCCUCCUCGUAAAGGCCGGACCUGCCGUCGAUGACUUCAUCGCUCAGCUCGAGCCUUUUCUCGAGAAGGGCGACAUUAUUAUUGAUGGCGGUAACUCUCACUACCCAGAUUCCAUCCGUCGCACCAAGACUCUUGAGUCCAAGGGCCUCUUGUUUGUUGGUUCGGGUGUGUCCGGUGGUGAGGAGGGUGCUCGCUUUGGUCCAUCCCUCAUGCCUGGUGGUUCCCCCGCCGCCUGGCCUGCCAUUAAAGAAAUCUUCCAGAAAACCGCUGCUCAGGUCAACGGCGAGCCCUGCUGCGACUGGGUUGGCGAAACUGGUGCGGGUCAUUACGUCAAGAUGGUCCAUAAUGGUAUCGAGUACGGUGACAUGCAGCUGAUUGCUGAGGCAUACGAUAUCCUCAAGCGCGGCCUUGGCCUCCACGAAGAUGAGAUUGCGGACAUCUUCGAGAAGUGGAACAAGGGUGUCCUCGACUCUUUUCUGAUCGAGAUCACCACCAACAUUCUUCGAUUCAAGGAUGAUGAUGGCGAGCCUGUCGUAACCAAGAUUCUUGACAAGGCUGGUCAGAAGGGUACCGGAAAGUGGACAGCCAUCAACGCUCUCGAUGCUGGCACGCCUGUCACUUUGAUCGGUGAAGCCGUUUUCGCUCGUUGCCUAUCUGCCAUCAAAGACGAGCGUAUCCGCGCCAGCAAAGUCAUUGCCGGUCCUCAGAAGGAGGCCUUCCGUGGUGACAAGAAGCAGUUCAUCGACGAUCUUGAGCAGGCUCUCUACGCCUCCAAGAUUAUCUCAUAUACACAGGGCUUCAUGCUCAUGCGUGAGACUGCUCAGGAGCUGAAAUGGAACUUGAACUAUGCUGGUAUUGCCCAAAUGUGGCGAGGUGGCUGCAUCAUCAAAUCUGUCUUCCUUGGCGAUAUCACCGCUGCCUACACCAAGACGACGAACCUAGAAUCUUUACUCUUUGACGACUUCUUCAACAAGGCUGUCCACAAGGCACAGCCCGGUUGGAGGCGUGUCAUUGCCCAGGCUGUCCUCUGGGGCAUUCCCACUCCCGCGUUCAGCACGGCCCUGGCCUUCUUCGAUGGCUACAGGAGCGAGAUUGUCCCUGCCAACCUCCUCCAAGGUCAGCGUGACUACUUCGGUGCCCACACGUUCCGUGUGCUCCCCGGCAAGGAGAAUGCGAAGUUCCAGGCCGGCGAGGAUAUCCACGUCAACUGGACCGGCCGUGGCGGCAAUGUCGCUGCGUCUACCUACUCCGCUUAAAGGGCUGACACAAACGCGGGUUUGUAACGCCAUAUGUACGACGCCAUAGACUUUGGGCCGCGUUUUGGCAUGCAGUGAAUCAAUCAAAGAAAUGUAGAGGAUAGGAUAUCGAAUUGUAGCAGUCGCCAUUCAUGUAGUCCAAUCAUAGGAGAAAGCAUUGUUGUUUCAAUACCUUUUUU